AUGUUAGCUGAGCCAAAGGUAUGUGUAGGGCCAGCUGGAGUUCCUGUGCCAAACAAUCCUGCGCAGGUCAAGGAACAAAGCAGUGGUACUCGAAAAGCACAGGUUGUAAAAAUUUUAGGAGAAGGUGCAUUCGGUGAAGUCAAAUUGGUGGUGGAUCCUCGAAAUCCCAUGUGUUGUGUUGCUCUAAAAUGUAUAGAUUUGAGGAAGUUCCAGAAUAACAGCGAAGCUCUUAAUCAGUUCAAAAAAGAGGUAGGCAUUUAUGAUUUGUCAGGACAUCUCCUUUCUUUGUCUUGA